CGAAAUUUUCUUCGAUUAUUCAAUAAUGGAUAAAAAAUCUCUAUACUAUAAUUAUAGCUACGUUAGUAGCGGCAUUUGUCUGAAAUGAGGAAAGCAUGAUAUCUAAAUAUGAGUUCGCCGUCGGCUUUGGUGUGCCGCGAGAUUUUCGACGAAAACAGCCAACCGUCGGCCGAGGAAAUAUCCGAUUAUGCCUGCCAGUUGGGCAUUGAUCCGGAGAGCGAGAGCCACCUCUUGCCACUGGCUCGAGAUGGCCUCAUGCAAGCACUGCCCGCACCUUGGAAAGCAUAUUUCGACGAGAAACUGCAAACUCAUUAUUACUACAAUGAAGACACAAAGAAGACCCAGUGGGAGCAUCCGCUAGACCACGUGUACAGAGAACUAGUGAAGAAAGCGCGCGAUGCGUCUAUGCAGGAUGAUACAUGCGCCUCUGUGCAGGAACUUCUCACAUCCGAAGAAAACACCAAAAAUCUUGAACGCGUCGAAGCCAAAGUGGAAAGCGAAGAUGAAGAUCUUAGUACAGACAGCGAACAACAUCCAUCAGACACAAAGGACAACACAAAUCCGACCUUAUUACCGGGGAAUAGACGCUUAACUCCUCUGGGCAGACCACCGUUGGCACCGCUUUCCAGAUUAGAUAAGAAGCUCAGUGAUCUACGAGUAUCACCAUUAAGACGCAGUACUGAAAGUCCAAUACCCACUAAACCGGCAUUAGUGAGAAAUAUAUCUGAUAGAGAUAUCUUGAGCCGACCGACAUUCGAAAGGCCUAAGAUGUUGUUCAAGCAGCAAUCCGAAAUAAUUGAUCUGAGAAUGCAUGUACUUACCAGUCCAGAGGAAGAGAAUUUCAGUCCCUUAUUGGCUUCAGCGAAAAUCGAAAAGGGUUUGCCAUUAGCAGGUAAAGGCAGCAUGUUUCUCAAGAUAUCUCGCUCAAACCUGCCCAGUCCAGACACAGAUAAAUCUUGGCAAUUGGACUCGGUCACCAAAAGCGAUCCCCCAAAGGGAAUACUUAGAGAGAAAACCUCUGAUUCUGUACAAAGGAAAGCCGAAAGCGUAGUAUUUGGGAAGCCGAAACAAACACCCAGCUUUGAAGAGGAUAAGAAGAGUGUAAGAUUCAAGUUAGAAAACCUACCAGAACCUACAGUUAGUCCCGGCUCAAACAGUUCCUCGGAACAAAACGACGGACAGAGCUCGAUCAUCAGUGCCAUACCGACCAUGCCAUCACCUAUCAUACCCUCGUCACCUAUCAUGCCAUCAACCUUUACACCUAUCACGUCCAAUAUAACUUUAACACCUAUCACACAUCCCGUGCCAUCGAACACCUUGUCACCAUUAGUCUCGAGACCUCCUUUGCCACCGCGUUUGGAUAGUCCGAGGGAAUUGAAAAGUAUAUCCGGCUCCGAAAGAGAUUCUUUGGACAGCGAAAGCCUAAAUCGAGGUACAUCGCCACGACGUCGCCUUAUAAAACCACCACCUGCUGAAUAUAUAAAGCCUGAACUAUUUCAAAAGAACUUCCAAAAGAUAUCCGAUUUGGUCCGUCGCACAGACAUCGAUCCCCCUUCUGUUACUUUAGAAGAACCUAUUUCGGAAAAAGGGAGUAGACCAAGGUCACCAUUGAUACCACUCAAAAGCAAAAUAUCAAUCAACCUAAUGGAAAGCAUCGAAUCUGAAACAUCAAUUGAUUCCCCCGACCGAGAGUUCGCAAAUCUAGAUCUAAACGACUUGGACGAUUCUAAUAAACAAGAGGCAGCAGAUUUUAGGGAAAACGAAAGGGAAAAAAGUCCUAGAUUUGAGGAUUAUUCGGACAAAACACAUUCCAAAGCUAGCGAUUCCAUUCAAAGAUCUCGCGACAUUCCAAUACCUCAAAUCAGAGUUCCUAAGUUAGAUUUUACACCAAACAAAGCCAAAUUUACACAUUCCGACUCCGAAGACUCUAGGAAAUCUCUAAAAGACGAGGAACCCAAAAAUAGCGGUAGAUCAAACAGUAUAGAUAUACCUAAAGAUAUUAAAACACAACUUAAAUUAUCACCUACCCCGAGUUUAGGUUCUGAUAGAUCCCCUAGAUUAGAAUUCACUAAAAACUGGUCAAGUCCUUUAUCAACUUUCAAACCUUUAAAUAAACCAGUGAUAAAUCCUCUAAAAUCUUCAGAUUCUGCAUCGAGCUUAGGAAAAGGUUUGACAAGUCCUAGGUUAGAUGGAGUAAUACUAUCCCAAGGGAAAUCUAGUUCUGAUAACGUUGUGGUAGUUUAUCAGUUCGAAACUCAAGACGAAUCUCCAAAGCCCAUAAAAUCUCCAUUAAUCCCAGAUAUGGGUGUAAGGGAAAUGAUGGAGAGGAACAAGCAAGAUGAAAGGAGACGAUUAGAGUUGUCAAUGCAAAAGGAGCUGGAGAUCAUUCGAAUGGAGUUUACGGCUAAGGAGAAGAGAAUGCGAGCAGAGUUGCAAGAAGAGUUUAAAGAGGCAGAGGAGAAGUUUUUAAGUGACAAGAAAACGAGAUUAUCAGAUCAGGCUUUGAGACACCAAAGGGAAAUGGAGGAAGAAUUAACAGAAGCGGAGAAAAUUCAUAGGCAGGAAUUGCAGAAUAGGUUAAAGGAGUUAGAAAGGAAAUAUCUCAAUGACGCCGAUUCGGCUGCGAAACAACAUGAAAUCAAUAUAGCCACUUUGAGAGUCGAUUACGGAAACAAAUUCAGGGAAAUGAGGGAACAAUUAGAAAUAGAAAACGAACGCGCCCUAACAGAAGUCCAUACGCAACUGCAAAUGAAUCUCAACAGAGAGAGAUCGCGUAUGAUAGAAGAGAAUAGAGCAACUCUAGAAACUUUGAGAGAAGAGCAUACGAGUAGAGUUACUGAGUUGAGACAUGAUUAUAGGGCUGAGGUGGAACGUCUGAGAACACAGCACGGGUGUCACCUAGAGGAACUACGGGCUCGGUUGGCGGGCGAGAGGGCUGCAGCCGCUAGGAUACACGACGAUAGAUCCACGCACGAGAAAUACAAGUGCUUGAAGGAGAAAUACGCGAGGCUCAAACACGACGUUAAGAUGUCAAUCGAAAGGCGGAAUAAAAGACGCGAAAUGAGUAUGACAACGGGAUCCGAGACUGAAAAAUCUAAUUCUCACAAAGCUAACCAAUCGCUAGAAAGAUGUAAAGAACUAAAUGAAACGACAUCAGUUAGCGUGGUUAUAGAAGCGGAACCGACUAGAAUUAGGAACAACAAUCCAACUAUAAAGUUCAACGAUAACGAGACAUCGUACUCGGAAAGCAACGCCCCUAAAUCUGUUGACAAUAACAACGAUGAUUGGAAACUCAGAAGGGAUAAUACCUUACAAUCGGACACAUCACAAAUAUCAGCGUUGAAACAUCCACGUACGAAAAGGAAUAGUGUGGCCUUCAGAGAACCACCCAGGCGGAGGAGAGAAAGAGACAGAGACGGAGGUGCCACAACUGAUUGUCAAGAUUCUUCUGAUGCAACUACAGCUGAUGACAAACCAAAAGAGGCAAUCAACGGUCACGGCAGACGUAGGUGUUUUACAAGAUUAAAAUCUGCGUCCACAUCGCGUCUUAACUAUUCACCUAAGCGUGGCGAAGGUUGGUCCAGUCCAUUAGAAUCGUUAAGGCAACAGUUGCGCAAAUUAGAUGACUUAGAAGAUCAGUUUCCGGAUUUGGCGUGUCAACCGGCUUAUAGUUUACGAUAUCCAUUUUCUGAGUUAGGUGCGGUCGCCACAGCUGACACGCCCGAGCUAGAGUUUGUCCGUCACCGCGCGUUAGUAGAAAGGGAGGGGAUGCGUCGCGCUCAAGCCGUUCUCAAGCGGCGCAGGGCUGCACUGAGGGAGUCUAGGGCUUCGCUGUCACCGCACAGAGCACCUUCGGAGGAACGUGAGGCGACUGAGCUAGAGGUCGCGUUGCACCGGGCGCGCGCCCUGCUCGGUGAGAAGGAGAUUAGGCUGCGGCACAUCGAGCGCGCACUGCGAAGGCUCGCCGAUGCGCAUCCACCGCCUUUGAUACAGGAAGCAACUACAAGCGAAGCGUCAUCGGGUAGCGAAGCAGCGAACGAAGCGGAGACCGGUGGAGCGGUGCUUCGCUCGCUACGGGCCUUACACGCGGACGUGCGAGACAUAUGGAGAGCCUUGGACGCCAGGAAACUUAAUAACGUUUCACCAGAAACAAGUUCCUGUAAUAUGCCCACCACUUCCCAGACGAGGAUGACAUUGUCAGCUCCUGAACCCGUGAUGCAGGACAACUCAGACGGUGUGGCGGAAAGGGCCAAAGGUUUACGCGCCUGGCUCCAAACUGCACCGUAAUCACACCUAUCCAGUAUAUCCUAUUAAUAUUGUAACGAAAGGUAAUUUAAGGAUUCCACCUAUCAAAUUGCUUUGAGAUGAUAUCGCGUCAUUUUUCAAUAAUUUGAUUGGUUGGAUCCUACUUUGACGUAGGAUUUCAAAGUAAAAGAUACUUGACAAGUUUUGGAUAUUAACACGUGCUAUUUUUGAAUUUUAUUUAGAUAUGGGUUGGUUAUGGAUAUUCGUAAAUUGAAACUAUUGUGUAUUUUAAAGAAAUUAAAGGUUUAUUGUAAGUGUAAAUUUAUUAAAUGAUGUGAUCGUAAAUUCGGUACGUAAAGAAUUGUCGUCAAAAGGUUUGUGUUUGGCCGGCAUAAUUCCAAGAUGGCUCCGGUGGAAAUUCGAAAAAAGCUCGUUGAAAUCUAUAAAAACACGCGAAUAACUUCCCAGGUUAAAACUGCCAAUUGACUGUACGAGUAGUGAAAAUAAACAUUUAGGUGAUAAACUAGAUUUUUCUGGAAAAGUCUAUCGAGUCUUGUCCAUAAGUAAAUUGUAGUCAAUUGACUGAUCGUAUCGUAUCGUAACGCAUAUUAUACUGUAGUGUUUCUAGAAAUGAAAUUGUAUUUCUAGAAAUUAAUAUGUAAAACUUUAAUACUAGUCAACACGUGAUUUUUAGCUUAAUUAUUAUUAACUAUUAAUAAUUAUAAUGUAAUUCGAAUUCGUCUGUAUUUGUAGUAUCGUGAUAAUAGUUUCUAUUGAAUGAUAAAUGGUACAGACUUUUAAACGGUAUACUUACACUAACUAAUUCGGGUAAAUUUGCUCUUCAAGGGUAACUUUGUCAGUCAAUUUUA